AACGCGAUAUUUGGGUUCAAAAUGGCAGCAUCUAUGAAGAAGGCUGCACAUGAUAUUCAAACCAGGAGGCGGACUGAAGAUGUCUUGCUCGCAGAGGGUAUUGAUUUCAGCUCGUUGUUGCUGUCCCAGCCUGUCCUCGAUGGACUGGCUGCCGCGGGUUUCCAGAAACCCUCCCCGAUCCAGCUGAAAGCCAUCCCGCUCGGUCGCUGUGGGCUCGAUCUUAUUGUUCAGGCCAAAUCUGGCACUGGGAAGACCUGUGUGUUCUCCACCAUUGCCCUAGACUCUCUGAUCCUGAAGAAUGUGUCCACACAGGUGCUCGUUCUGGCCCCAACCCGUGAGAUUGCGGUGCAGAUCCACUCGGUCGUCACAACAGUCGGCGCUGCCAUGGAAGGCCUGGAGUGCCACGUGUUCAUCGGGGGCACCCCAGUCAGUCUGGACAAGAGCAGGCUGAAGAAGUGCCACAUUGCUGUGGGCUCUCCAGGUCGUAUAAAGCAGCUGAUUGAGAUGGGCUAUCUCUCUACGGCCAGCAUCCGCCUUUUUGUCUUGGAUGAGGCUGACAAACUGCUGGAGGAGGGCAGCUUCCAGGACCAAAUCAACUGGAUCUACUCCUCCCUCCCCGUCAACAAGCAAAUGUUGGCGCUCUCUGCCACUUACCCAGAGUCGCUGGCUCAGCACUUGAAACAAUACAUGAGAGACCCCACCUUUGUCAGGCUGAACCCCAUGGAUCCUGCACUGAUAGGGCUGAAGCAGUUCUAUAAAGUGGUCAGCUCCCACCCCCUUGCACACAAGAUCUUCGAGGAGAAGGUGCAGCACCUGUUCGAGCUGUUCAGCAAGAUCCCCUUCAACCAGGCCCUAGUCUUCUCCAAUCUGCACAGCAGGGCCCAACACUUGGCUGAUAUCCUCACAUCAAAGGGCCUCCCCGCUGUGUGCAUUUCAGGCAGUUUGAGUCAGGACCAGCGACUGGAGGCCAUGGCCCAGCUCAAGCAGUAUCAGUGUCGGGUCCUGAUCUCCACAGAUCUGACCUCCAGGGGGAUCGACGCUGAGAAGGUCAACCUGGUGAUCAACUUGGACGUGCCGCAAGAGUGGGAGACGUACAUGCACCGGAUUGGCAGAGCAGGUCGCUUUGGAACUCAGGGCUUGGCCGUGACCUACUGUUGCCGCGGUGAGGAGGAAAACAAAAUGAUGGCUAUUGCACAGAAGUGCAACCUCAGCCUGUCCUGUCUUCCAGAUCCCAUUCCUCCCGGAUUAAUGGAAGAGCCCUCAGACUGGGACAUUACUAUCGAAAACUUUAAGACUGCACCCUCUCUCAGGACACUUUCAAAAGGGGAAAACAAGAUGGUGGAAAAACCCAAGGACGCUAUGCCGUUUUCCUCUCGUAGGACUGAGAGGCCCAAGCCAAAACCUUUAGCAAAGACUGUCCCUGCCGGGCAUUCUGGCAUAGGAAGAGGAGUGGAUGUAGUUAAUGUGAAAGACCCCAAAAAGCCUGCUGGUGUUCCUGUGCAGGAGAAAGCCCCAAAUGUCCCCCUGUCUACAUACACAGCUACCCUACAUGCUGCCCAGAAAACCGACUCUCGCAUCCAGGAGCAGAGAGCUCUUCAGGAAUCCUUACCUAAAAUCUCCCCAUUGCCCUCCUUUAAAGCUGAAGCUUGGCUUCCCUUGUCUUUUGAGGAGAUAGAGGCUGACUAUGAGAGCUUCAUGAUCCAUGGUCCUGGUAGAUCGGUGGAGAUCAUCCGACAGUACAGAGGGCCCAACAGUGACAUGCCAGGCCAGCAGGUAGAAACCAAAGAGCUGGAAAUCCCACCAAAUGCUGGACCCAGCGAGUUGGUUAAAGACUGUAUGUCUGAAAGAGAUGACCACAACUCCACUCCGAGAGCUGUCUCUCCUAGAAGCAGCUCCUCUUCUGAAGUGUCCACAGAUACUGACACAGAUGGGUACCUUUCGCCAGAGGAGGAGGGUGGUGUUCUGGCAUCGCUGGGUAAAGUAGGAGGGACUGGAUCAGCAGAGCUUAAUCUGCAGAGAUCGCCUCGGUUUUCACCUGAGUGUCCCGACUCGCCCCGAUCUUAUCCCAGAGCCCUCCUCAAACACCGCUCUCCCGCUGCACCCUGUGUGGCACGGCCCCUGAAAAAAAAAAGCUUUGACCCAAAUCGAAGCUUUUCCAAGAAAGCGCAUGGCGUUAAGCAACAAGAGGGAGUUUCAUUCCAAAAACGUAGAAACAAGCCACAGAUCCAGGCACAAAGUCAUCAGCAAUAUUGGCAAAUGUAUUACCAAGCCUGGGAAGAAUAUUAUGCUGCCAUGGCCCAUCCCCAUCACAGGCACUACCAAAUGGCUUCCAGCUGGAUGGCUGCAUAUCGUAUGAACUCGGUCUAUGUGGAAGAGCUGCUUAAACGUUAGUGGUUGUUGUUGUUUCAAAUAUUUUUUUUCUGGCCAGAAUCAGAUCUUAUUUAGUUUUAUUAGUCAGGAAGGUUUGACAUUACACAUUAAAAAAAAAAAACAUCUUCAUGAAGUCAUCAGUUUAUCUGUAAUUAAAAAUUGAACAAGACUCCCAUUGCAACUGCAGUUUUCCAUUGGCGAGCAUUGGCUUACACACUUGCCACACUAGUCCCUUGGUAACUGUUUACCAAUGCAGGAAGGGCAUUAGUUAGAAAGGGCCUUAUUGGCUUUCUGUGACUUGUUAGGCAACUGCUAGCUUGCAGUAACAUUAGCAAAAGGAGUGUCACUCCUCCAGUCUGUAAUAACUCUCAGGUAAGGCACUCUGGAGCUUGCAGAGUUUCAGUAUGAAUGUCAGAAGAGCACAUAGUACAGGAUUUGUAACCAUAAAAGGCCCAGAUGAAAUCCAAAUUGUGGUAUUCUAAAACAUAAUGAUUCUAAAAUAAUGAAAGUGUUCUAGUUGCAGUCAGUGAAGCACGCUAUAACUGUAGAGAUUUUUUUUUUCCUCAGACAUUCCUUACAUUAUAUACAGUCAUUAGUGUUGUAUAAACUAGGAGAAAUUUAUCAAAAAUGUGAAAAAUUCUUUAUUGCAAAGUUACAGUGUUACCUACAACAGUUCCAGGAGUUCAAGACCUAUUUUACCUGCCUGUUAUUGGUUCAUCAUUGUAAGGUUUGUUGUUGUGAUAAAAGAACUCCAUGUUGAUUUAAAAGAACCAUUAUAUUUGUAAGGUUUUUAACAUCCUAAACAUUUUUGCUAUUUAAAAAUAAAAGCUUUCAUCCAUGUAAAGGAAAACC